CCAUUCUUAGCUGUUGUUCACUGUUCCCUAUUUUGUUCUCAUCCUAUUCCUCUCCCUCUUUCGUCGCUUCUUCCUCUUAUAUCAACUGAACCAAGUCUCACCUCUCUUCUUCUUCUUCUUCUCCCUCUUUCAAACCAAACCAAUUCUCCGUUUACCAAUUCCACCUAUCUAGAAUAAUGCCCACGUGGUGGGGUAAAAAAUCCAGCAAGUCCAAGGAGCAAGUGCCGGAGGACGAGCCACGUGCCGCCGGCGUGCUCCACUUCAACUUCAUCAAGUCUCCGAUCAGGAAGCAGCUCAAAGGGGAAAGACCAAAAAGCUUCGACGAUGCCGCCGCCGCCGCCGCUAGGAUCUCGCCGAGAGCUAGCAGGGAUCUCUCUUCUUCCGCCGCCGCCUGCUGUAACUCCGACGUCGGCGAGAAGAGAGGGGUCCCCUUGCCUCGCCCUUCUGUUUCGUCUACCCAGAGCUUCGGCACCGAUCAAGCCAUCGUGUUCGGAUCUGCAUCGCUUUCUGGCUCUAGCGUGAGUUCAUCUGGCUCGUGUGAUGAUCAACCUCCCUGUCACUCUCAGUCUCCGGUUAAUCCCUCAAGAGCACAAUAUGAAAUGAAGUUCAAUGUGAGGUCUAAAAGCCCAGGUCCUGGGUCAAGAGGGCCAACUAGUCCUACAUCACCUCUUCAUCCAAGGUUGCAAGGGUUGAGUCUUGGCUCCCCAACAGGAAGACAAGAAGAUGAUAGGAGUCAGUGUCAUCCAUUGCCUCUUCCACCGGGCUCUCCGACUAGUCCUUCUUCUCUUUCCAACACUUUUUCGAACACGAGAGCAAAUGGUCUGCCAGAAAACACUAGCUACUGUUCCAAGUGGAAGAGAGGAAAGCUUCUAGGAAGGGGAACAUUUGGACAUGUUUACCUGGGAUUCAAUAGUGAGAGUGGACAGUUGUGUGCAAUAAAAGAAGUCCGUGUUGCCUGUGAAGAUCAAACAUCAAGAGAGUGCCUGAAACAACUUAAUCAGGAGAUACAUUUGCUUAGUCAGCUUUCACAUCCAAACAUUGUUCAAUACUAUGGGAGUAAUUUGGGAGAAGAAACACUUUCCGUUCAUUUGGAAUAUGUCUCUGGUGGUUCUAUUCAUAAAUUACUUCAGGAAUAUGGGGCCUUUAAGGAGCCUGUUAUUCAAAAUUAUACCAGGCAGAUUGUCUCUGGACUUGCAUAUCUUCAUGGGAGAAAUACAGUGCACAGGGAUAUCAAAGGGGCUAACAUACUCGUUGAUCCUAAUGGUGAAAUCAAGCUGGCAGACUUUGGAAUGGCUAAACUUACAAGUACUACUGUCUCGAUGCUUUCUUUCAAAGGAAGUCCAUACUGGAUGGCACCUGAGGUUGUAAUGAAUACAAAUGGCUAUAGUCUUCCUGUUGAUAUUUGGAGUUUGGGAUGCACAAUUAUAGAAAUGGCAACAUCAAAACCUCCUUGGAGUCAUUAUGAAGGGGUGGCCGCAAUAUUUAAGAUUGGUAACAGCAAAGAUAUGCCUGAAAUUCCUGAUCAUCUCUCAAAUGAUGCAAAGAAUUUUAUUAUGCUAUGCUUACAAAGAGAUCCAUUAGCCCGCCCAAAAGCCCAAGCGUUACUAGAUCACCCCUUUCUUCGAGAUCAGUCUGCAACCAGAGCUACAAACGUCAGAAUAACUAGGGAUGCUUUUCCCUACAUGCUUGAUGGAAGCCGGACACCGCCAGUUUUAGAGCAUUCCCAGAGAACAACUUCCCUGGAUGCAGAUUAUGCAACAAAGCCAGCUGUUGCAGCUUCACGAGGAUUAAGGAGUCCAAGAGAUAACUCAAGAACGAUCACAUCUUUACCAGUGUCUCCCUGUUCAAGUCCAUUGCGACAAUACGGGCCGGCACACAAAAGCUGUUUCCUUUCUCCUCCUCAUCCUAGUUACACAAUGAUGGGACAACAUACCCUCCCUUCAUCUCCAAUGAGAUCAAAUGCCACGUUCAGUCUUGAUCCUUGGCACGAAAUACCUGCGUACAAACUCCACACACCCGGUGGAUCCCCGCGAAGGAGACUCAUUUGAGCUGCCAAGUGUAAAUACCACCCAAGAUCUUCCAUGGUUUCCCCAGCAUGCCUUGUUUGAACUUCAUCACUGAAAGUGCAAGCUUCCACCUAAAAGAUUCUGAUUGAUUCUAUUUACAUGAGGAAACUAGACGACGGUACAAGAGUGCAGGCAUUGGACUGGGGAGACCAUGGUGCUUGUAACAAUUUAUUGAUUACUGUAAAUGCAACGUGUUUACUGUGUUUGUUGUAGUGAACGUUUAUGUUGUAUAUUGUUUAGUCCAUGGCAGAAGAAAAGGAAGAGUAAAUUUUCAUACACACUCUUUUUUGUUUUUUCUUUCUUUUUGUUGAGAAUGAAAAGUGUAUGGUUUUAUACCAAGUCAUUACUACGAUAGUCUGAACAAUGAGCACUGGGCUUGAAAGAGUCAGUGUCAGUGACACUAUCCUGAAUGUUCACAAUAUUUGGAAGCAAUUUCAUAUUCUUACUGCCCA